CACAGAGCUUGAUGUCAUCCUGGUUCUCGGCACACUCCAAAAACUGUUUGAUCUCAUAGAAGCAAGGCUGCUGCUGCUGUACCAGCUGGGCUCCCUGAGGCUCCUGGAGAACAUAAAGCUUUGUAUGUUAAAAAUGACAUUGAAAUAUUUCACCUGUGAGCUGCUACUGAAACAAUGUCACAAUUUUUGAUGAGAGAGAAGAAAGGCAGAGGAGAUAUUUGUGUGACUUAAGGGGUGGAAACAUGGCAUCAAGAUGCUGUUGUUUUUUCUGCAAUGAUAUUUGGGACUAUUACAAAUCAAGAUCUGCCUGUGAUCAAGUGUGUUUUAAUCAAUCAUAAGAACAAUGAUUCAUCAGUGGGGAAGUCAUCAUCAUAUCCCAUGGUGUCAGAAUCCCCAGAAGACCUCGGGUGUGCAUUGAGACCCCAGAGCGCAGGGGCAGUGUACGAAGCCGCCACGGUGGAAGUGGAUGUAUCUGCUUCCAUCACAUUGCAAGUGCUGGUCGACACCCCAGGGAACAUUUCCUGUCUCUGGGUCUUUAAGCACAGCUCCCUGAAUUGUCAGCCACAUUUUGAUGUACAAAAUAGAGGAGUUGUUUCCAUGGUCAUUUUGAAAAUGACAGAAACCCAAGCUGGAGAAUACCUACUUUUUAUUCAGAGCGAAGCUACCAAUUACACAAUAUUGUUUACAGUGAGUAUAAGAAAUACCCUGCUUUACACAUUAAGAAGACCUUACUUUAGAAAAAUGGAAAACCAGGACGCCCUGGUCUGCAUAUCUGAGAGCGUUCCAGAGCCGAUCGUGGAAUGGGUGCUUUGCGAUUCACAGGGGGAAAGUUGUAAAGAAGAAAGUCCAGCAGUUGUUAAAAAGGAGGAGAAAGUGCUUCAUGAAUUAUUUGGGACGGACAUAAGGUGCUGUGCCAGAAAUGAACUGGGCAGGGAAUGCACCAGGCUGUUCACAAUAGAUCUAAAUCAAACUCCUCAGACCACAUUGCCACAAUUAUUUCUUAAAGUGGGGGAACCCUUAUGGAUAAGGUGCAAAGCUGUUCAUGUGAACCAUGGAUUCGGGCUCACCUGGGAAUUAGAAAACAAAGCACUCGAGGAGGGCAGCUACUUUGAGAUGAGUACCUAUUCAACAAACAGAACUAUGAUACGGAUUCUGUUUGCUUUUGUAUCAUCAGUGGCAAGAAACGACACCGGAUACUACACUUGUUCCUCUUCAAAGCAUCCCAGUCAAUCCGCUUUGGUUACCAUCGUAGAAAAGGGAUUUAUAAAUGCUACCAAUUCAAGUGAAGAUUAUGAAAUUGACCAAUAUGAAGAGUUUUGUUUUUCCGUCAGGUUUAAAGCCUACCCACAAAUCAGAUGUACAUGGACCUUCUCUCGAAAAUCAUUUCCUUGUGAGCAAAAGGGUCUCGAUGAUGGAUACAGCGUAUCCAAGUUUUGCAAUCAUAAGCACCAGCCAGGAGAAUAUAUAUUCCAUGCAGAAAAUGGUGAUGCCCAAUUUACCAAAAUGUUCACGCUGAAUAUAAGAAGGAAACCUCAAGUGCUCGCGGAAGCAUCAGCGAGUCAGGCGUCCUGUUCCUCGGAUGGAUACCCAUUACCAUCUUGGACCUGGAAGAAGUGUUCAGACAAGUCUCCCAACUGCACAGAAGAGAUCCCAGAAGGAGUCUGGAAUAGAAAGGCUAACAGAAAAGUGUUUGGACAGUGGGUGUCAAGCAGUACUCUAAACAUGAGUGAAGCCAUAAAAGGGUUCCUGGUCAAGUGCUGUGCCUACAAUUCCCUUGGCACAUCUUGUGAGACAAUCCUUUUAAACUCUCCAGGCCCCUUCCCUUUCAUCCAAGACGGCAUCUCAUUCUAUGCAACAAUUGGUGUUUGUCUCCUCUUCAUUGUCGUUUUAACCAUGCUGAUUUGUCACAAGUACAGAAAGCAAUUUAGGUAUGAAAGCCAGCUACAGAUGGUACAGGUGACCGGCUCCUCAGAUAAUGAGUACUUCUACGUUGAUUUCAGAGAAUAUGACUAUGAUCUCAAAUGGGAGUUUCCAAGAGAAAAUUUAGAGUUUGGGAAGGUGCUAGGAUCAGGUGCUUUUGGAAAAGUGAUGAACGCAACAGCUUAUGGAAUUAGCAAAACAGGAGUCUCAAUCCAGGUUGCGGUCAAAAUGCUGAAAGAAAAAGCAGACAGCUCUGAAAGAGAGGCACUCAUGUCAGAACUCAAGAUGAUGACCCAGCUGGGAAGCCACGAGAAUAUUGUGAACCUGCUGGGGGCGUGCACGCUGUCAGGACCAAUUUACUUGAUUUUUGAAUAUUGUUGCUAUGGUGAUCUUCUCAACUAUCUAAGAAGUAAAAGAGAAAAAUUUCACAGGACUUGGACAGAGAUUUUCAAGGAACACAAUUUCAGUUUUUACCCCACUUUCCAAUCACAUCCAAAUUCCAGCAUGCCUGGUUCAAGAGACGUUCAGAUACACCCGGACUCGGAUCCAAUCUCAGGGCUUCAUGGGAAUUCAUUUCACUCUGAAGAUGAAAUUGAAUAUGAAAACCAAAAAAGGCUGGAAGAGGAGGAGGACUUGAAUGUGCUUACAUUUGAAGAUCUUCUUUGCUUUGCAUAUCAAGUUGCCAAAGGAAUGGAAUUUCUGGAAUUUAAGUCGUGUGUUCACAGAGACCUGGCCGCCAGGAACGUGCUUGUCACCCACGGGAAAGUGGUGAAGAUAUGUGACUUUGGAUUGGCUCGAGAUAUCAUGAGUGAUUCCAACUAUGUUGUCAGGGGCAAUGCCCGUCUGCCUGUAAAAUGGAUGGCCCCUGAAAGCCUAUUUGAAGGGAUCUACACCAUUAAGAGUGAUGUCUGGUCAUACGGAAUAUUACUGUGGGAAAUCUUCUCACUUGGUGUGAAUCCUUACCCUGGCAUUCCGGUUGAUGCUAACUUCUACAAACUGAUUCGAAAUGGAUUUAAGAUGGAUCAGCCAUUUUAUGCUACAGAAGAAAUAUACAUUAUAAUGCAAUCCUGCUGGGCUUUUGACUCAAGGAAGCGGCCAUCCUUCCCUCAUUUGACUUCAUUUUUAGGAUGUCAGCUGGCAGAUGCGGAAGAAGCGAUGUAUCAGAAUGUGGAUGGCCGUGUUUCGGAACGUCCUCACAUCUACCAAAACAGGCGACCUUUCAGCAGAGAGAUGGAUUCAGGGCCACUCUCUCCGCAGGCUCAGGUCGAAGAUUCAUAGAGGAACAAUUUAGUUUUGAGGACUUCAUCCCUCCACCUAUCCCUAACAGGCUGUAGAUUACCAAAACAAGAUUAAUUUCAUCACUAAAAAAAAUCUAUUAUCAACUGCUGCUUCGCCGGACUUUUCUCUAGAAGCUGUCUGCAUUUACUCUUGUUUUCAAAGGGACUUUUGUAAAAUCAAAUCAUCCUGUCACAAGGCAGAAGGAGCUGAUAACGAACUUUACUGGAGCAUCAACCUGCAUCCAAGGCCUUCUCAGGCUGGCUUGAGUGAAUUGUGUACCUGAAGUACAGUAUAUUCUUGUAAAUACAUAAAACAAAAGCAUUUUGCUAAGGAGAAGCUAAUAUGAUUUUUUAAAUCUAUGUUUUAAAAUAAUAUGUAACUUUUUCAGCUAUUUAGUGAUAUAUUUUAUGGAUGGGAAUAAAAUUUCUACUACAGAA